AUGGCAGUACAUCUAUUUGGUGAAAAUACUUGUGACAGAGUAGUUAACAAAGCAAAAACUUGUGAACUUACUCGUUAUAGUGCUGCAAUGUAUAUUACUCCUAAUCUUAACAACAAUAUUGUUACUCCAACUCCUAUAUCCUCUAAUUCUGUUGAAAUUAUAAUGGAAGCUCUCACUAAAUGUCCAAGAUUUCAUAAACCAAUGAUUGGUAAAGAUGUAUUAAAAUAUUCGAUUGUUGAAGACUUACAACAAAUCAAGACAAAUAUUUCUAUUGCUCAACUUGCUGCUGAAAAUCCCAAAUACCUAAGAGAACUAAAAGAUUCUUUUGACUCUCCUCCUAAACUUAAUGUUGGAGAAUUGGAUGAAAAACAACAAGAAGAAUUUUAUAAUCUUGUUAAUGAAUAUAUUGAUAUCUUUGCUCAAAAUGAUUUAGAUCUAGGAAGAACUAAUAAAAUCUAA